AUGAGAAACUGGGCACUUGAAUGGAGUUGGCAAUUGCGUGCGACUAGGCUAAAAUCAUCUGAAUUCUUUGUGGUGAAGAAGUAUUGUCAUGAACACAAUUGUGACACAACCCACAGGAAUGCCAACCAUAGACAAGCAACUGCAAAGUUGCUUGGGAGUUUUUACUGCAACAACUAUGGAGAAAAGAAAGUUGGUCUCAAACCAAAACAGAUUAUGGAAUUGGCCAGAAAAGAUCAUGGAGUAUACAUACCAUACAAAAAAGCCUGGAGAGCAAAAGAGGAAGGUCAGAAUUUGGUUAGAGGCACUGCUGAGGACAGUUAUUUACAUCUAGCGAAAUGGUUGUACAUGGCAAGGGAAAAAAAUCCAGGAACAGUUGCUUAUCUUGAGUUGGAUCCUAUGAAGAAUUUCAAAUACGUAUUCAUCUCAUUUGGUCAGUCGAUUAGAGGUUUUUCUUUAAUGAGAAGAGUGAUUGCUGUUGAUGGUACAUUCCUAAAAGGAAAGUAUAAGGGAACUUUGCUAGCAGCUACUGCACAAGAUGGAGAUUAUCACUUAUACCCGAUAGCAUUUGCCAUUGUUGAUUCAGAAAAUGAUAUUGCAUGGAAUUGGUUCUUCAGGUGUUUGCUCACUAUCAUCCCUGAUGCACCAGAUUUGGUAUUUGUUUCUGACCGUGCUUCAUUCAUUGAAAAAGCAAUCUCAGAAUUGUAUCCAGCAUCCCAUCAAGGCAUUUGCAAUUUUCAUCUCAAAAACAACAUUAAAUUAAAGUUCAAGAGUAAAAGCUUCUUGCCUCUUGUCGAAUCAGCAGCUAAUGCUUUUACGUUUCAUGAGUUUGAAGGUGCUUUUAGGGAUAUAUAG